GUAAAAUCACAGAUUCCGAGGCUGCCUUCAGGGAUGGAGGUCGAAGCUCCAUGACCCAAUGUCCAACGAACAGGGUUUAUUUCCGUCACUUAAUUGGCAUGUGCAAGGCCAACGCUCAGCUCGUCACACCGCCUGCCGAGUAUGGAUCAUUCUGCCACCCGCAAAGCUUCGUUCGCAUCAACUUCACAAAUUAUCACCAGAAAUUGACAAGCACCAACUGAAUAGCAUCAACAGCCACCAUGACGACAGAGCUCACAAAUAAACAGAAAGAGCGUGAGAAGGAUCGCGCAAAGAGGACGAAAGAUGGGGUCACUCAACUACCGCGAAAAAAGUUCUAUCGCCAAAGAGCGCACGCAAAUCCUUUCUCUGAUCAUAUGCUAGAAUAUCCUAAAUCUCCAGACGAUAUGGAUUGGUCCUCAUAUUUUCCACACUACGUCCAGGAGGGAACACCAGAGGAUCCCUCAAAGCCUCCUAAACUGACAAAAGAUGUGGAAAUUGUCGAUAUUGGCUGUGGAUUUGGAGGUCUUCUCGUUGCUUUAGCGCCCAAGCUACCUGACACUCUCACACUCGGCCUGGAGAUCCGAACACAAGUAGCAGGCUACGUUCAAGAGCGUAUAAAGGCACUGCGAUCACAAAACUCGGACAACAUGUAUCAGAACGUGGGCUGCAUCCGAGCAAACACUAUGAAGUUCCUCCCAAAUUUCUUCAAGAAGGCCCAACUAUCCAAGAUCUUCAUCUGCUUCCCCGAUCCUCACUUCAAGGCCAGGAAGCACAAAGCCAGAAUUGUAUCGACAACGUUGAACUCUGAAUACGCUUAUGCGCUACGACCAGGCGGCAUUGUGUAUACCAUCACCGAUGUCGAGGACUUGCACUUGUGGAUGGUUCAGCAUCUUGAGGCUCAUCCUGCUUUCGAGAGGAUAUCGAAAGAGGAAGAAGAGGCGGAUGAAUGUGUCCAGGUCAUGUCGACUGAGACUGAGGAGAGUAAGAAGGUUACGAGAAAUAACGGACAGAAGUUUGUAGCGUUGUUCCGGAGGUUAGAGGAUCCUCCGUGGUAGUUGGAAGUCAAUGACAACUUGAUGCUUUAUCGUUUCACAAGAUGCUUUAAAUAUGCCUUGAAACAUUUAUGCGAACACAUUGUGACAUGGUCACAAUUUAUGUAGCGUUGAGCUCCAAUACACUCAAUGGGCAUGCAGCA